AUGCGAAACCCAUUUAGCCUGUACAUCCGUGCAUUCCACCAUGAGCUGUGCCAAACCGCUUGCUGCAGGCGGCUGUUUUCCGGAACUAGCACUGGGUCGCAAGUGCGAACGGUCGUGUAUAACACCACAAUCGCAAGCUACGUGCGCCUGAUGCGUCAGAUGGACCCGCCCUUUACGCAGACAAAACAGGAAUGGUGGACCUCGCAGAUCGAGGAGGGGUUGAUGCGUGGGCCACGACCCGCAGCGCGAAGGAAACGCGAAAAGGGAGAUGCAGUCGCUACAGCCCUGGAUAACUAUGAGUGGGCUCUCGAAGAAAACCGUCGUGAUUUUGAACGGGUUUCGGAUGUGGUGCGAAGGGAAGCUGCUAAAAUCACUGACGGGAUGCAAGAAAAAUUGGAAUAUGAAGUCAUCGGAGAUCACGCUUAUUUCGUCGUAAACAGCAGCGCGUUCAAUCACGAAGGUGGACGUGGGCAAGCCGGCGGUGUAGUGGAAGAUGAGGACCGUGUAUGCCUGGUGAGGGCGGGCCUGCCGAAUCGCAGGGGGAUGAAUCGCAAAAGGCAGCCGAGGGGACAGCCAUCAGAAGCCGAUGAACCUUAUAUCAUCGGCAGACAACAGGGCGUCCUGGACUUCGGGAACAUCGUCGAUGGGAGAGGCAACCUCGUAAGCAAUAUACGGAGCAUGCGAGUAGGGCAAACGCGUCACCCGAACGCCGUACUGGCCCUAGUUCACGACGCGUCUAAUCCUGAUAUGGGCAAGGAAGUGCACUUCGUUGCAAUAAACUGCGUGAAGAAGAAAGGAUACCACCCGAAAGGCGGUGCGAAAAUACGGAAUGUUCCCAAGGUGUUGCCUGACUAUCUCACCGGAGUGGACGAACUGCACUUCCUUCCGCGAGGAGGGGCGAGAGACAGGCACUGUGCCCGUGUGUUCUAUACGCUAGUUAACGAGCAAGAAAGGGCUUGGCAGCUGCGAGUAGCCUACGUAUGCACAAGCAACGGUAAAAUCACCAACGACAGGCCCGUGUACACCGAACGCGACCCGACAAAAUACGUCGCGAUCCACAAAACGAAGGAUGGGCGGAUGCUGAUUGUGGCGGCGCUUUCGCAUGGCCGGACGUUUGAAACCUUCUGCAUAAAAGCCAACGCAACUCCCAAAUUGUACCGCGUGCCGUUGGCCUCUGAUACCAAGGCGUUUCUGGAGCACAGGCAAAAUCACUUGUAUGCUGUCCGCCACGUCACAGUCAAUGACACUGGAGAUAUGGAAUCACGAGCAAGUUUGAACUACCGGAAAUUCGCAUCUAUGGACAAUGUUAAAGCGCAGGGGAUCGACUCAUCACGGUACGACGGUGGAUGCGUGCAUGGAAAAAAUCAGUGGCAUACGCACGACACGUCAUUGUUAUGGGCGGUGUCAAAGAUGGACGACAGAGCACUGAUACCAAACUUCAAAAGAAGCAAAAGAGUGGAAGCUGUUGCUGCUCGUGCUUGUGGUGAGAUUUACCGUGGUGGAUCCGGCCGGUGGAAAACGGUUGCGACUUUUGACCACCGAGUCGUUGCCGACAUAGACAUGAUGUAUCGCGGACUGGUUAUAUACGCCAUGGCACCCCCUUCUACGCCAACCAUACUUGUGAUGCCCUUUUGUGCAUUGAAAUCACGCGGCAAAGGAAUCGAUGGACGCGGUAAUCGCAACGGGCUCUGUGAGGUCGACCUGCCCCUCAGGGUUGGGGCCAUCGAACCCCAAGGAAACUCAAACUUCGGAGCAACCAAGGUGGCAAUUGUUAUCAAUGCGCCUGGGACGCGUGAUAUCAAGUGCUAUCUAGAUCUAGAUGUUGUCCGUGAAGCCAGCAGUAAAACGGAUCCUCGGCGGGGCAAUGGUGAUAGCGAGACCAAGGCAGCAUCACGGGUGACCGAAGCACGUAGCAGGAACCCAACGUUCCAGGGCGCGGAGCUCCGCAACAACGUUGUAAGAUCUUCCCUGCAAACGCUGACGUGCGUUGGAGACGUGCCAAGCACACACCACCAUGUCUGCCACGUAGCUACAAGAGAUGGUACCUGCAGGGUGCCGGUCACCCUCAUCAAGAAGGCUUCGAAUACGCAAACGCGGUUCGCUGCAGCAGAUUCGGUGCUAUCUAGUUUUCAAAAUACAGGGAAUAAGUGCGUAGUGUAUGUGUAUGGCGCAUACGGUCAGUGCCUUCAGGUCAACAAUGACGUCGAGCACAACGUUCUGCUGGCUCUGGGAUACACGCUGUGUUUCGCUCACGUGAGAGGAGGGGGGGAAAUGGGUAACAGUUGGCACGUCGAUGCUACCAAAAGCGAGAAACACCGCGGGAUCACAGACCUCGCGGAUGUGCUGGAAUUCCUUCUGGCAAAAAGCAUAGCCCAGCGCAAUAAACUCGCCAUUGCUACCACCUCUGCGGGCGGGGUCCUUGGCGGGUGCAUAUACAACAUGCUCCCAGGUUUAUGCAGCUGCGUACUGCUCAAGCUUCCCUUCCUAGACGUCCUGGAUGCGAUCGCGGACCCGUCCAAGCCGCUGACGCAGCUUGAGCUCGAGGAAUUCGGCGGCAUGGAUGACAUCAGCGUCGAUGAAGUCUACUCAUAUAAUCCGUGCAGCAACGCCAGAACCAAGGCCGGCGCGAAGCCGGCGUUGGUCAUCCAGUGCAACGCGGAAGACGCAAGGGCGCCCUGGCGGCACAGCGCCGGCUUCGUCGCGCUCAACGGCCGACACUGCAGCAACAUUUUCAUGAAGAUCACGCACGGAUCCCAUGUGGACGGCUCUAGCCAGGAGGAGCGGUUGCAGCUGAUAGCCGAGAGGGUUCAAAUCCUCGAGCAGCAGCUCGGAGAAGAAGGCCGACUUGCGUGCCGCGGAGCGGCUGAGAUCAGCGACUAUCUAUAA